UUCAGUAACGCGGCGUUUGCUGAACGCAGCGCUACUUCCGUUCCCCCAGUUAACUUAAUUUUUAGCAGAAAUAUAUGCUAUAGCAUAUAUAGCAAUGACGACCAGCGAUGAGAUGGGAUUGGGUGGCAACUUCUGCCACGACCACAUUCAGCAUCCUUUGAUGUGGUGCGACGAGAAGAAGCGGCUUGUAGAACGCAAAAAUGCGGAAGAGAGUCUUCGGAUGUGGAGGCGCAGAAAGGCGGAGGAGUGUGCUCGCAAGGAGAAGGAUAAACAGGAGUACUACGACCUGUUUCACCAACAUUGUCCUUGGGGCCGACCAGGUGGUGGUGCUCCCAACGUAGAGGUUCGUCGUAAGGACAUCACAGCCGUGGGUCUCCACUCUACACCCACUGUGACCACUGCCCACCGGCUGAAUCUACUACAACCGUGUCGCUACAACGACUUCUUCUCGAUGCAGAAGAAGUGCCACAACAAUCCCCUGGCCGCCUACCAUCACCACCAUCACCAUGCCCCGCCUCCACCUCCCCCGGGAGGUCGUUUGGGCCACGCCCAUUCCGUUCACCACCUGCAGGAAAGUGGUCCGAGGAGCAGCACGGUGACAAUUUGCGAGCGGGAGAUUCCCGCCAAGCCUGGAGCCGGCGUUGGUGUUAACCUGGCCAAAAACGCCAACGGUGAGAGUCUUCACAUCCAGCUGAAAGAGCAUCCUUCAAUGUCGUUUCGCAAUAAAGGCCAUGUGGACAUAGAGUUGAGGUACAAGCCCUCGCCGCCUUGCAAAGGCAAGCCACUUCUCGAGAAGAUCGUGGUCAGCGAAAGCGAACAGCGUUGUCCUUUGCAGGAAAAGCUGGCUUCGCAAAAGAAGCGGCUGCAGGCCAAGCUGGAAAAGCCGCCUUGCAAGGAGCCCUGGGGCAAGGCGGGUCCGGGCGGCAAACCCUGGCGGAGUCCCAAGGAAGUGGGCAAUACGUUCAUGAAGUCACUGGGGUGGACGAACAAAGAGAUGCUAAAGGAGUUAGAUCAGGACAACCCAGUGACUCCGGCGGAGAAGAACACAUUCCGGAAAUCGCGGCCAGGAAAAAAUACAAAGCCACAGCGCUGCUGUGAGAUGUGCACCUGCAAUUGUCCCGCCAUGAGCCAUAGUCCUCCCAAACCUUCGCCGCUCUCGCUGCCCAUUCCGCCGGGAAAAAAGUGUACGGGUCCGCCAGGCCCGCCUCCCGGAAAGAUCCUGCACCACCUGAAGCCGCAGGACUGCGGUGGCAACAAGCCCAUCAAACUGUGUCCCCGAAUGGCAGCCCGAGGACCUUGUCCCGGGAGCACCAGUACCGCCACUCCGGAUGCCAGUACCGCCGGAGGAGGAGGUGGAGCAAAUGGAGGACCCUAUGGCGAGGGCGGUGGCGUGGAGCUGGUUCCACUGCUCGCCCGCAGGCGUGGCAUGCACCGACCCAUCAGCCUGUCCAGCACGGAUGUGACCAAGAGGACGCCCUCCCACGAUAGGAUUCAAACGGCCGCCGACAUGCGCUAUCUGCACGACUUGAAUGUUCAAAUAUCACAAAACCGUCGAUCCGUCUCCGUGUCCAAGCAGUUGGAUCGGGAUCUGUGCAACCAGCACUUCGACACGUUCGAAACCUUUUGGGGACGGCCUGGACAUGGAGCCCGGGGGGAAAACAUCAACAAAUUAAAGUUGGACAAUCUGCUGUACGGCGCCAGCGAGUCGGCCUAAGGCAAAAAGGAUGCCUGGAUGGUUAAGGAUACCCUUGGGAUAUAUAUAACAUAUAUCCCCAUUAAAUCACUGGCUCGUAGUUUGUGUGCUACCAAUCAUCUGCUCAGAAAUCAAUCGAUGCCAAAGGCCACGCAGAGUGAACUACGUAUAUACCAGUUUAGACGAUUUUAGACAUAAAAUAAUGAAGAAAAAAUUAACGAGGGUUUGCUAUUUAUAAUUCUGGCUUGGAUAUCAAAAAUAGUUCAACAAUAAAUGAUUUACAAAUUUUGACGCUCUCAUUAGAACACUACCAAUUUUACCGGAUUCAGAUAUAUAAAUAGCAACCUUGGUAACACGUUCUUCUGUCUUUGUAAAGAUUUUGCCAACUUGCGCGUUUAGUAAGUUGACCAAAGUUUUGAGUAAGUCAGCUGGGUUUCAAAAGAAAAGGGAAGAGAAAAAGAUUAAUGCUACAUAUGUCCAAACUUAAUAAAAACCACUUUGCUAUUUGCCAUUUAGUUAGUUUUUAAAAUACCUAGUAAAAAGUAAGUUAGAAAUCCAUACCCUUUAAGCGUUUCUUUAAUUUUAAUUUAAAAUCUGAGUUGUAAAACUUUUUGGAAAUUGUUAGUCUUGUACUGAGGGUUACACUUGAAUCCUAAUUUGAAACAUAAGGGUGUAAUUUUACUGAUUGAUUAUAAAAUAUCUGUAGAUAUAAGUAUAUAAAUACCUUGUAAAUACAAAACAAUCAAUUCUGCAAUAAAAUACGUAACAUCUAAUAAAAACUAAAAGCACUGUCAUUGUAAAAAUCCCAACAUAACAAAAUCUGCAUUUAAAUUUUUGUUUAAACCUUGAUUUAUUUGUAUACCUUCGUCUUAGUUUUUUACAAAUUUCCUAUGGAAGGUGACCGAAAACUGCAUCUUUGGAGAACAUAGAUUGACC